UUGAACACCCUAUAUAUACCAUUCUAGUACUCUUACUACUAACCUCUAAGAAAACUUUAAAAAUAUUCAUGCAUGUUCCCAAAUCCUUCCUAAUUUCUAGUUUGUACAUGAAAAAAAAAGACUAAAGAAAACAUUACAAUUGGUAAUUGGUAUACACUAUAGUUAUUGAAAUGUCUAUUUCUAGUGAUCAUGUAUCAUUAUCUCCAAAGCAACUAUGGUGGUUCUUUUCCCAAUAUUCACCCGCCGGGACGCCGGCCCGUGAUGGGAUUAUGCCCAAAAAUAGCCCAAUAAGAAUUCAAGUAGUGAGCCCAAUGUUAAAGGCUGUUUCAAAUAUGCAUAGUUACUUAGAAGAAAUAGUGGGUCAUGAUCAUACAAAAGUUGAUCCUCAAGAUGCUUGGCUUCCUAUAACUGAAUCAAGAAAUGGAAAUAAAUAUUAUGCUGCUUUUCAUACUUUAUCUACAGGAAUUGUUUUCCAUGCUCUUCUACUUCCCUUUGCUUUUACUUCCCUUGGUUGGAUUUGGGGCAUUACUUGUUUAAUAUUGGGCUUCACAUGGCAAAUGUAUACAAUAUGGUUGCUAAUCCAAUUGCAUGAAACCGAGAAUGGCACACGUUAUAGUAGAUACCUACGACUCUCUAUGGCUGCCUUUGGUGAAAAGCUUGGGAAACUGCUCUCCUUGUUCCCAAUCAUGUAUUUAUCAGGUGGCACGUGUGUGGCACUCAUCAUGUUUGGAAGUGGAUCCCUCAAGAAAUUCUAUGAAACUUUGUGUGGACCCACUUCUAACCCACUUUCUACUGUUGAAUGGUAUAUGGUCUUCACUUCCUGUGCUGUCCUUAUGGCUCAGCUUCCUAAUCUCAACUCUCUUGCUUUUGUUUCACUCAUUGGAUCCGUUUCUGGUGUCGGGUAUUGUUCUAUCAUAUGGGUUUUAUCCGUAUGUAAAGACCGACCCAUGAAUGUGUCCUAUGGGUCGAGCCGAGCUGAGUCUGAGGUGUUUAGAGUGUGUGAGGUUGUCCAUGCUAUUGGGAUUAUUGCUUUGGCAUUUAGAGGGCACAAUUUAGUUCUUGAAAUUCAGGGAACAAUGCCAAGCAAUAUAAAAGAACCAUCAAAAAUAGCAAUGUGGCAAGGGGUCAAGUUUGCUUAUGUCAUCAUUGGAAUGUGCUUGUUUCCCAUUGCAAUUGCUGGAUAUUGGGCCUAUGGAAAUUUGAUUAUACCUACAACAAAUGAGGGCAUAUUAGAAAUCAUGUACAAAUACCAUAGUCACAACACAUCCAGGUUUGUACUAUGUCUUACAAGCCUGCUGGUUGUGAUUCAUUGCCUCAGCUCGUUUCAAGUCUAUGCAAUGCCAGUGUUUGACAAUCUAGAGUUUCGAUACACAAGCUGCAAGGAAAGACCGUGCCCUCGCUGGUUAAGAUCAGUCAUCCGAGCCUUCUUUGGAUGUUUAACCGUCUUCAUUGCAUUUACCAUACCAUUCUUGCCAAAACUCGCAGGUUUGUUAGGCGGGAUUGCGAUGCCUAUCACCUACGUAUAUCCUUGCUUUAUGUGGAUAAAAAUGAAGAAACCUCAACAGUUUAGCUUAAUGUGGUGGCUUAAUUGGGUGCUAGGAUGUGUUGGGAUACUUGUUAGUAUUUUGGUAGUGACUGGAGCUAUAUGGUAUAUUGUGAUCCAAGGAAUUCCAGUCCAUUUCUUCAGGCCACAAUAAUUUGUAACGAGUAAACGCAUUAACAAUACUACAGCUAUUAUAUAGAAGAACCUGAAUGCAAAUGUAAAGGUCGAAUAAUACAUAUACAGCUCGUUUGGUGAUCUGUAUUAAAUGGUGGGAAUGAUAAUAAAAAGUUAGUGUUAAUU